CAGUGUUUCGUUGUGCAUCUGACAACAUCCAGCUUACUAUUCCUCUAAAGCGGCGUCGCUGAAAGAAACUUAAAGCCGCAACACGCCUGUUGCUUACCUGUGAACGACGAGCGAUCCCGACGAAUGGAGUGGACGACUAUAGAGUCUGAUCCAGGCGUAUUCACCGAGCUGAUACAGAAGAUGGGGGUCAAAGGGGUUCAAGUUGAGGAGCUUUGGUCCUUAGACCAGCUCAAGGAGCUCAGCCCUGUGUACGGGUUGGUGUUCCUGUUCAAAUGGAAGAAGGAAACGGAGCGGCGGCAAGCGGCGCCAGACGCCGGCCACGUGUUCUUCGCCAAGCAGGUCAUCACCAACGCCUGCGCCACUCAGGCCAUCCUCUCCAUCCUUCUCAACUGCCCUGAGCUAGACCUAGGCUCCGAGCUCUCCAACUUUCGGGAGUUCGUGGCGGACUUUGACCCCACGAUGAAGGGCCUCGCCAUCAGCAACAGUGACGUCAUUCGCUCGGUGCACAACAGCUUCGCGCCUGCACACUCGUUGCUGCCGGACGAUGACAAGGACGAUGAACGCGGCGGGGACGCCUACCACUUCAUCAGCUACGUGCCGGUGGCGGGGCAGUUGUUCGAGCUGGAUGGGCUGCAGGAGGGGCCCAUAGCGCUGUGCGAGUGCAGCAGCUCCGACUGGUUGGACCGAGUGGGUCCGCACAUCUCGGCGCGCAUCGAGCGUUACGCCGCCUCCGAGAUCCGCUUCAACUUGAUGGCACUGGUGGGGAACCGGGUGGAGCUGUACGGCAGCCGGCUGGCGGAGGCGGAGGAGCGGCGACAGGCGCUGCUGGCGGUGGCGGCGGAGGCGCAGCAGGGGCAAGACAGCGACGCUGCGGCUGCGGCACAGGCCCAGCUACUGGAUGUGGAGGCGGAGAUCUCCAGCCUGCAUGAAGCGCUCGCCGCAGAGCAGACCAAGCACCGCUCCUGGCACGAGGAGAACGUCCGGCGCAAGCAUAACUACGUGCCCUUCAUCUUCAACCUGCUGAAGCUCAUGGCGCAACGAGGAGAGCUGGGACCGCUCAUCGAGCGCGCACGGAAACCUUCAACGACGACCGGCAACAACGCCAUGAGUACAUGAGAGCUAUAUGGGUUGGGGAGAGUAAAUACGAGCCGGGGUGCGGGGGUCUUAGGUUAAAGUGCUUGUGGUUAUAGUGGUAUUGCCUGCGUAAAUAGGCGUUUGGGGGGCAGGCGCCGGCUGCAUGUAAGGUACAUGGUGAGGAAGGACCGCAUGCAUGCAAUUGCCCGACUGCGCUGUGGCUCGUGGGAGUUAUUGCUGGGUAGGUCUCACUAAGUGAGUUAUUGCUGGGUAGGUCUCAUUAAGUCGCUAAAUCGCUGUAUGAUGUAGCGUGCUGACUCUUCGGGAGACCCACAUAGGGCCAUAAGCGGUGUGCGAGCGGGUACUUGCACGGCCUUUGCGUAGCAAGGGGUAGCAAGGGUGUAGCAUAGCAAGGGUCAUAUCCCCCGCCGA